AUGGCAGCGUUGGACGCCGCUAUCGAAAAAGGACGAGCUUGUGGUCGCACGUCCGUUUGCGGCGUUUCUGCCAUUUUUUGGUGUCCUGAGAAAAUCAGUGAAAUGGAUCCUCUGCCCGCUGCGUUGCCAAUCGCAGCCGCAUCGCGUAAUCCCUCCGUAGCGGCUCAGCAAUUAGCAUAUGCAGCAGCUACAGCUCCUGCUGCAGCAGCUAACGGCCAACCUCUUCCCGCUACUGCUGCUCCCUACAUUCCCCUCGAGUUGAUGAUGUACCAUCAUCAUCAUCCUGUUGCUGCUGCUGCCGGUCUCGUCUUACCACAAACUCCUGUUCCACCUUGUUUGUUAAGCACGCAGCCAAUGAUGUGCCAAUCCUGUAUCUAUUCCUCACCAACACAACCGUGUUCGAUACAUCAUGCUCCAAUCGCAUACGGUCAAGCAACACCUAACUUCACCUUCGUGUCGCAGUCGCAACAAACACAACACCAACGGACACAACAAGGUGUCGCAUCCGUCACAACAACGACGCCCACACAACAACAGCAGCUGCAUGCAGGACAACAGCAGAUCAUCAACGAACCGUCACAGUUGACACAACCACAGUUGCCAUUGAGCAGCAGUGUCGUUUUACAACAACAACAACAACAUCAUCAUCAUCAUCAUCAGCAACAACAACAACAACAAAGAAGAGAUAUCGAGAUAGCGAGGCAGCACACCUCACUACCGCCUACGCUGGCUCCGCAGAUGCGUUCGAUGGCGAUGCGAUUGAAGCGUGGUGCACCUAUCUCUUCCCGCGUGCAGUCAGCACUCGAUGCUGCUGUCAGGGCGCCAAAAUUGCGACGCGUUGCAAGUGAUGGUACGAGGACGAGGGAAAUUCAAGCAGUCCAACCAGAGCCGAUGACACAGCAGGCGCCACCACAAAUUCCGCAACAAGUUCAGCCCGACCAACCGCCAUCAACGUCUCAGUUGGUAGCUGCAGCCGCUGCUGCAGCUGUUGUUAACGGCAGUAACGCUGAUGCUGCUGUUCCUGCUCCUGCUGCUGCACAGUGCGCUCAUUGUGGGUCACGAGGAGCUUGUCCAGCUUGUGUACCGUGCUACUGUGCGUAUUGUCCACAUUCGGCGGCUGCUGUUGCAGUGGCUGGAGCUUCACCGGCCCAAUUAAAUCCUGCUGUACCCGCUUCACAUCCAGGUGCGCAGCAAAUAGCUGUUCCAACGACUCCUCAAUUCACACAUAUUACCCCGCCGACAGUAUCCCAAAUGGCAUCCGCUGGUCUACGCUACGUACAUGACGCAAUAUUCGCUAGUCAUAUGCUGGAAUCUAUGCAGCGUCAUCAGCAACAACAACAACAACGGCAGCAAGAGCAACUGAGCCAGUUUGGUCGUCUUCUGCCAAGCUCUACAGGACUCUACGUACUACCGCGAACCGGGGGCUAUCCGGCGGCGUCGAAUGGUCGCCUGGAACUCCAUAUGUUGGUGAACACCGGUAUGCCACCAGAACUUCUUGGAAUGGUUGAGAGACCGCUGGAUCGACACCAUAUGUUUGCAGCCCCCGUUGCAGAACCGCUACCAGUUGGUGCCAGCCCUCAGGAUAUAGAAAAGUGCACAGAAAAAAUAAACUUCAUCAAGGAUUUAGAGGUACCGGAGAACGAAGCAGAACGUUGCACAGUUUGCUUAUGCGAAUUCGAAACCGGUGAAGAAGUUCGUAAUCUCCGUUGUACACACAUUUUCCAUGUCAGUUGCAUUGACAAAUGGCUAGUGUACAACAAGAAGUGCCCGGUCUGUCGGCUGGAUGUCGACAAGCAGAAGGCAGUCUUGGUCGAAUAG